AUGUCCAGCAACGCGUCAACCCUCUCCACUGAAUGUGCAGCUUCCAGCCUCGUGAUCACAAAUGAGGUGGUUUCAUCCCUCUACUUCCUCUUGUUCCCCGCUGCAUUCCUACUCAAUGGGGUGGCAGUGUGGGUGUCUUUUCACCUGCGCUCCACUUCCACCUUCAUCGUGUACCUUAAAAACCUGGUGGCUGCUGACCUGCUCAUGACACUGACGCUCCCUCCCAUAGCAGUCAGCUUGCUUCCCGGAGCAACAAUUACGUUAAGAGCUUUGGCCUGCCGCUACACAGAAGUCAUUUUCUACAGCUGUUUGUACACAAGCAUUGCAUUAAUGGGACUCAUAAGUCUGGAUCGCUUCUUCAAAAUUGUGAGACCGUUUGGAAAGGUGUUGGGACAAAAUGUAGUGUUCAGUAUCGUCAUGUCCAGCUUGGUCUGGGUUGUGAUGUUUGGAGGUACGGCUAUCCCAACUAUGGUUCUAACUGACCAGGAUCCCCAUUCUGAUAAUCUUACUGCAGAUUUCUGCAUGUCCCUGAAAAGUCCAGCUGGUAUCAGUCUUCACAAAUAUGUGGUUGUAUUCAUGGAGAUUCUUUUCUGGUUUGUCAGCGUACUGAUUGGGUUUUGCUACAUCUGCAUCACCGCCAAAGUUCUGAAGUCCUUCAGAAACUCCGGGAGCAACAACACCGAAGGACAGAAGAAAACCAAACUACGAGUCUUCCUGAUCCUUCUUGUUUUUUGUGUGUGUUUUGUGCCUCUCCACUUGGUGCGUAUUUCUGUCUCGCAUAUUAAAAUCUUUGACAACGCUGGCUGCAGUCAAACAUGGGUAGUGGCUGUGAGUAAAGUUGCCCGUUGGGUGUCUGCAACCAACGCCUGCCUCGACCCUCUUCUCUACAUCUACCUGUGCAGGGAGUACAGAGACAAACUGGUUGGCAUGAUGAAAGCUAAAGGUAUCUGUGCUGGGUUGUACUCCGACCAAAACGAGGAGAUGUAA